UAUGUUACGAGUUAUCUCCCAUUUGUUUUGCUGUACUUUCACUUUCGCACAACACAUACGCCUGAACGAGAACCGUCACUUGCCAACAACAAAAGAAAAAAUAUAUAAAAGUAACAAAUUUGCCUCACUAGUAGCUGACUAACUAACUCUAAGAAAAGAGAUAUGGCCUCCCUCCCUCUUCGCUACGAGGCAGCUAUGGUACUGAGUGGAGCUGGAGAUGCCCUGGGAUACAAGAAUGGUUCCUGGGAGUUUUGCCAUAAAGGGAAGGAGAUUCUCAAGGAAUUGAAAUCUCUUGGAGGAAUAGAGGCCUUAAAUGUUAAAUUACCAGAGUGGAUGGUCAGUGACGAUACAGUCAUGCAUUUAGCAACAGCAGAAGCACUGACAGAGAAAAGUGGUAAAAAUUGUGAUAAAGGAGAGCUAUACAAAACGAUAGCUGAGAAGUACAAGGCAUGCAUGAGAGACAUGGUGGGCAGGGCUCCAGGUAUGACUUGUUGCAACAGUGUUCAUGAUCUGAAACCCAACAUGUCUAAAUGGGAAGAUGGAUGUAGAAUUGAAUUCAACGAGAGGGGUGGGGGAUGUGGAGCGGCCAUGAGAGCCAUGUGUAUCGGUCUGAGGUAUCCAAGGGAGGAAGACUUACCUGACCUGCUUGCUGUAAGUAUAGAGUCCGGGAGAAUGACCCAUCACCACCCCACAGGUUACCUGGGUAGUCUGGCCGCCGCCCUCUUCACAGCGUACGCCAUACAAGGGAAACCACCGAGAGAGUGGGGAGCAGGACUAAUGGGUGUUCUACCACAGGCCAAAAAAUACAUUAUAUCGCAGAAAUUCUACGUGAAGGAAAACUUAGAGGCCUGGGAUUAUUUUGAGUCUCGUUGGAAGGAAUAUCUCAAAAAGAAAAAUCUUUUGGACGGAACGAAGAAUCCCAAGCCGGACAAUCUGAAGGUUGAUGAGAGGGACACGUUUUAUAAGAAGCUUAGUUUCUGUGGUUUUGGAGGAGCCAGUGGACAUGAUGCACCAAUGAUUGCAUAUGACGCUCUUCUACAAUCUGGAAAGAACUGGAAAGAGCUGUGUGAGAGGGCCAUGUUCCAUGGGGCAAACGGGGAUAAUACCGGUGUAAUUGCUGCCUGUUGGUACGGGGCCAUGUAUGGGUAUCAUGGGGUACCAGAGGGAAACUUUAAGAAUGUUGAAUAUCAUGGGAGGCUAGUCGAACAAGGUCGUCUAUUGUAUGAAUUGGUGUAUGGGUCUCAUGACGAAGAGGACGAAAGUGAAGAAACCCAGGUGAAGACCUUGAUUGACGAUGUCCAAGAUUAUCAGGCGGAGGGUCAAUGUGCAGAAUAUGAAUCCAUAACUGAGUAUCAGCGGAACGGUUGCAAUAGCUGUGGUAGAAACUUCGAUAUGGUAGACCUACAAAAAAGGAAAGUGGAGCUUGAAAUUGAAAAUCUAAAACUCAGGAAUACACUUAUCACACUCGAAAUACAGAAAAUGCAGGGCGAUAGAAGAGACAUGGAGGAGCUCUAUGGGAGAUACGAGGCGGCCAUGGUACUGAGCGCCGCUGGGGAUGCCCUGGGGUACAAAAAUGGGGAGUGGGAGAACUGUCAAAGCGGGAGAGACAUUCAACGGGAGCUGAGGAAUAUGGGAGGAAUUCAAUCCAUUCACGUUAAACCUCCUUACUGGAUCGUCAGUGAUGACACAGUCAUGCACCUUGCCACAUCGGAGGCAAUGACCGGAUGUAAAGCCCCGUCUAAAGGCGAACUGUACCGAGAGAUCGCAAGGAAAUACAAAGAAUGCAUGAACGACAUGGCAUACCGGAGUCCAGGGGUGACAACCCUUUCCGAAACGAGCCAACUGCGCCCCGAUGAUCCGGAUUGGAAGCGAGGCUGUAGACUGCCCUUUAAAUCGAGUGGUGGGGGAUGUGGAGCGGCCAUGAGAGCCAUGUGUAUCGGUCUAAGGUAUCCAAGUGAAAAUGAGCUGAGAGAUCUUGUUGCUGUCAGUGUUGAAGCAGGAAGAAUGACCCAUCAUAACCCCACCGGUUAUCUCGGCAGUCUCACUUCCGCUUUGUUUACGUCAUAUGCCAUUCGAGGAAAGCCGCCCAGAGAGUGGGGAGCAGGACUAAUGAGUGUGCUUCCUCUGGCCAAGGAGUACAUCAUAUCACAGGCUUUCUACGUGGAUGAAAACUUACAGGCUUGGGGGUAUUUUAAUAACAAGUGGCAGACUUAUCUGACCCAGAAAGGUCUGUUGGACGGGCGACGUGAUCCCUUGGCAGACAGGACGGAUGCGGACGAGAGGGACUCGUUUUACACCAGUCUGAGCUUCGAUGGAGUGGGCGGGGCCAGUGGUCACGACGCUCCCAUGAUUGCGUAUGAUGCUAUCCUACAGGCAGGGAAAAACUGGGGAGAACUUUGUAAACGGGCCAUGUUCCAUGGGGGAGACAGUGAUAGUACCGGUGUCAUUGCGGCCUGUUGUUACGGGGCCAUGUAUGGGUAUCAGGGGGUACCGGAAGUAAAUUAUAAGGAUAUUGAAUACCACGACCGACUGGUCCACGAAGCUAAGAUAUUGUUUCAUCUGGCACAGUUAGAGAAGCACAGGAGAAAGGGACAGGAUCAAGCUUAGAAGAGGAGAGCAUAGGGAGGUUCCCAAAACCUGCAUAACCAACGCAACAGGAGAGAGUUAACCGCAGCUUCUGUUUGCUAUGUUGUCUAAAAACUCAAAGAUUUGACGUAUUACAAAUACACAGCAGGCCUUGACAUUAGAACAUAUAAUUAUACUGUUUUGUCAAUAACUAUAAUUAUGUAAAUAAUGCAGUUUUGUAGCAAGUGGAUAUUUAGCUGUGUGAAGCAAGUGGAUAAAAAGGGGCCGUGUGUUGAAGUGGAUAAACAAGGCAGUAUGUAGUGAAUGGAUAAAUGAAUCCGUGUGUAGUAUUACAGUCGAUGUAGCAAGUAGAUAAAUGAAUCCGUGUGUAGUAUUACAGUGGAUGUAGCAAGUGGAUAAAUGAAUCCGUGUGUAGUAUUACAGUCGAUGUAGCAAGUAGAUAAAUGAAUCCGUGUGUAGUAUUACAGUGGAUGUAGCAAGUGGAUAAAUGAAUCCGUGUGUAGUAUUAGUCGAUGUAGCAAGUAGAUAAAUGAGUCGUGUGUAGUAAGUGAAUAAAUGAGGCGAAUUGUAGCAAGUGAGUUGUAGCAAGUGGAUAAAUGAGGGGCGCUAAUUGUGUCAAGGACAUUUGAAUUAAGUUGUAUAUAUAUGGCAAGUAAAUACCUGUAGCGUAUAAAAAAAGUUUCUAAGUUAAAAGUAUAUAAAUGGGGUAUCGUACAAAUUUUAA